UAAAAUGUCAGGGUAUCCAAUUCCUAAAACUCAUCCAAUUCCUAAAACUCGUCCAAUUCCUAAAACUCGUCCAAUUCCUAAAACUCCAAUAUGAUAUUUUGAUGCUUUUGAUUUUUUGCACUACUUUUUUCGAGUUUUAAGGUUGAAAGCCAGUGCAAAAUAAAACUCUGUCUUUUAGAGACUUUCAUCAAUAAAAUCAAAAACAUUUCAAAGAGUAUCAGCGAAAAGUUUUUUAGAGAUGAACCCGUAUAUGACGCAUUUCGCGCCAAAUCGUAUUCGGAGCUGGCAGCACCCUCUCAGAUUUCAAUGAAACUUUCUGGAUGUGUGGACCUUGACUAAAUAUGCCACUUUGCAUACUUAGUUUUUCCAAAAUGUAUCUAGACUAACAUUUGAGAAGGGCAAAAACUUUUUCUGCCGAUUUUUUUCAAAAAAAUAUUAUUGAAAAAUGACAACCCCAACAUAAAUGUGUUGGAUGGAUGACUUUUAGGAAAUUGUCCAAGUUAUCGAAAAAACAAAUACUGAAAAAAUUUCAUUUGACACCUACACUGAAAAAAAAAUCGAUUUUUAGAAAUGGCCAUGUUUGAUUUGGAAGAAACUUUGCCUCAAGAUAGGUAAUUAUGUUCACUACCAACCGUCCAUACAUCGCGAGAUGGGCACUUUUAAGGAAAAACAGUUUUUCUUACAAAAACUUUUUAUGUCUGAACUGAUUUUUUUUUUUUAUAUGCCAUUUUCACACAAAACUAAACCAGUGAAGCUCGAAAUCAUCUCAGAAUCCAAUGAAGCUCAAUUUGCGAUUCAAUUUUGUCUAAUCAGCACUUAAGAGUGAUUAAUCGAGAAUUUCAUAUGAAAAGGGCUCAUGAUGCAUUUCUCGCCAAAUCGUAUUUGGAAUUGGCAGCACCCUCUCAGAGUUCAAUAAAACUAUUUGGACAUGUAGAUCUUGUCAAAAAAAUAUCAUUUCCUUAUUCUGUUGUCUACUACUGAUGCAAAAUUUGAUAAUAGGUGAGAGAAAAAAGACAAGAUUUUUCAUAUGUCAUUUAUUUAUAUAUUUUCAAUGUUUUAAACCUAUUUUCAUACAUGCUAUUUUUUCCUUUUUGGUUCAUCUUCUGGAUUAGAAUACCUUUUUGCCGCACUUUGUCACCAGUUAUAGGCACAAAACUGUGGAAUUUCUGUGUGCCAGAUAUUGUCUUUGUGCUGUUAUAUAGUUCUUCGAGUUCUUCUGACAUUUCGAUGUACUGUUCAGUGGAUAUGUACUCGAAACGUAGUUUUGUGAUAUUUUUAUCUGUUUGUUCAACUGCCCAGCUAUAUAAUUCUCGUGGAGUUGUUAUGGUGUUUCCAUAAUCUCGGGCAAGACUAGCUCUCUUUGCCAUUCGCUUGAGAGUGCCACCAAUGGCAUCACAGGGACCUUUUCCAUGAGAAGUUCCAAAAAAUGCCAUUCUGCUUCUAAUUCAUGCUUUGACUGAAAUCUACACAGACUAGCAAAGUUUUUUUUUAUUUAUGUAUUGUGAUGUUGCCCCAUCUGACAUAAAAGUAAUUUUAGAAAAAUCUAUCGAUUGUUUAAUAAAAUCUAUCAUUUUUGAGAUGAACAACUGAACUGCAACUGUAUCGUGAGUCAUUACUUCUGAUAUGAUAAUGAAUCUAACAUUUUCAAGUUUAUUUUCUUUCUUAUAAUAAACUUCAAAUGGAUGUAUUGUUGCUUGAGAAUUAUUCCAGUGAUAUCCUUGAGCAGCGUUUUGGAUAAUGAAUGAAUAAUUUUCAGAAAAAUCACAAAUUGCUAGAAUUUUGCCUUCUUUUAAUGAUUCUUUUUUAUUUCUUAGAAAAGAUGACUGUUGUUUGUAAAUAAAGUCAUGAGUUAUAAGUUUGUUAAUUUUAUCAAUGAGAUACGGAACAAAUUCAUCAACAGGCUUGAUAAUGGUUUCCAAAUUAUAACGAUCAGUAUUCAGCCAAGGGGGCGACCCCGGCGUAGUGGUUAACAUCCAUACCUCUCACGCCAAAGUCACGAGUUCAAAUCUCACCCCCGAACAAGUCACGAAUGACCCAAGAGUGUUAAAAUGACUACAAUAAAAAAAAAGUAUUCAGCCACUGUUGAAACACAACAUCUUGUUUGUCAUUUGAUUCUAAUAGCAAUGUAAGUUCCUCUUCAAUAUGUUCAUUGGAAGCACACUUUUCGCAAGCACGGAAAAAGCAAUCAGUUGUUCUAGUAGAAAAAUUACAAAGCAUUUUUUCUAUUAUUGCAUCUUGUGACAUAAUUCUUAAACUGUUGAUCAUUAAUUUUACAUUUUCAUGAAUUGUACAAAUACAUACAUUAUGUAUACCAGUAGAAUCAAGCAAAAUGCAAUGUUUUGGUCGCGAUUGUGUAAAUACAGUGAAACCAAUAUUAAUAUCUUUAUAUUUAUCAACAAAAAUCAUGUACGCUUCUUCGAGGGACAUCAUUAACAGGCGUUUUUGAACGUGUUCUUUUCGUCCAUUUCUAAACUCGGAAACAAAAUCAUUUGUUCCGGGCAUAGGUCUACUAAUAUCAUUGUCAUCAAAAAAAUUCCCUAACUAGUUUUUUUGUAUCAUCGUUGAUCCCAUGUCCACUUCUUUUGUUGGGUGUGCUUAGAAUACCCUGCUCAUUAACAAGGCUCUUCACCUGCCUCACCAUGUACGUUGGUGCGUUGAAUUCUGCUACAACUUUAUUCACGGACCAAGACUUUGGCAAUACUGAUAAUACUAUUAUCGGAUCUUUUCUGUCAGCUGUAGGGGAAUUGAACUUCUCCUUUAGCUGCACAAUCAUUUCUUCGUAUGCCUCUACUCUGCUAAUGUCUGCUGUAUCUAGGCCAAAUAUAUUUUUGCACUGCUUGUGUAAUUUCUAGAGAUUGUAUUGAACGAUAAUCCAUGCUCCUCAUGUUCCUCGAUGAAAUUGGAAAUAAAUUCAACGUUUCCACAAAGCCAUGAAACUUCUAAACAUUGUAUGGGCGUUGCAGAUUAUCUGCUGAUGGAACUGACUCAAAUGAUGGAACCGAUGGUACCGUAUUGAAGGAAAGAAGAAGAAAAAAUAAUUAAUAAGUGCAAUUAGGAGGAUGCAGUUAAAAGUUGAUAGAAUCAUCAGGAUGACUGUUCUUACCUAGCUCAUCUACGGAUUGAUGGCCACUCAUUGAUGGACCUGGAUCAUCACUAUGCUGCUGCCCACUAGUUAACGGUUGGAUAUUUACUUCAUUUCCAACCGAUCGGCAUUUUUUCAUAACUGGACUUCAAUUAUGAGAUAUCACGCUACGGCAUGACUCACAAAUGCUCAUCGUUUCAUCAAUUUCGUGGUUAUAUCCCAUAGAAUGUAUUUUUUCUACCAUCGUUGACGAUAUGGCCCGUAACUUAUUUCGGUUGCAUCUCGGAUUAUUUAUAUUUGUACAACAUUUCAAUCCUUUGAGUCUUAAUUGACUACUUUGGUCCAUGAUAAUAAUUUUACUACAACUUGUCUUCACAACUUUUGUUCUCAGCUUGACUGCUGCUUGUAUGAAAUCAACCUUAGUUUUAUAGUGCUCAUUGGUAGAAUGAAGUAGUAGGUAUAUAAUGUUAAUGGUUUAGGUAUAAAUAACAGAAGGGCAUAUAGAAUUAUGAUGCGAUACGUUGACUUCCCAAAUCGUUGUUGAUUCGAAAGAAGAUCUCAAUUUAAAUUUUAUUCAUACCUAAUUCUUUAUGGAUAACUUGAGCUAAGAAUUCUAAAUUGCUAUAGGAGUAUCGGAUUUUGCCUCAGUAGUAGACAAUAUAAUCAAUUAUAUUAUUUUCUAAUGAUAUAAGCCCUUUUCAUAUGGAAUUCUCGAUUAAUCCAAGUGAUUAGUUGCUGAUUAGAGAAAAUUGAAUCACAAAUGGAGCUUCAUUGGGUUCUGAGAUGAUUUUGAGUUUCACUGGUGUUCCGCCUACCGCCGAAAGAGAGGAGAAAAACGUCGACCAAUCAGCAACGAGCAAAUGGUCGGUGCCGUUCUAUAAAAAUCCCCGCAGUAGCGUGCAUAAGUUUAAGUUUGAAUCCAACCGAGCAUCCGUUCGCAGCAGCAGCAGCUUUCACCUUGUAUCGAGAAACGAAGAGAAAUAAACAAUAGUGUCUAGUGUAGUCGGCAGCAUUCGUCAUUUCUACUGCAUGUCCAUUGGUGUCCCGGAGAGCAGCGUCAAACCCCCCAGCUCUUUUCAGAGCUCCUGAGUUUAGAACUUCGAUUGACGCUAGCCAACUCCGUUCGCUACCGCCCAGUACAGUCCACUUUGCCUUAACAAAACCAGUUCAGAAGGAACAUCAAUUUGGUCCGUCACGAACCGGAUCACGAGCCAUUCCGAAGCAACCGUUCCCGUUGAGUGGAAACUGACGUGCUACGACACACAAACUGUACCCAACUAAAACGAAACAACUGCUUCUGCUGCUACGCUUGCGACUCGACGCGGAGCAUUUAGAACGAACGUGUUUAAACGUGCGCGAGUGAGAAGUGCGUUUUCGGAAAAAAAUACGUUUUGUUGUGGUUUCGAGAUUUGGUGUCAUAAAUGGCACCAGUAGACGCUGAAGAAAACCAGCAAGGGAACCCUAUCCCUAGGUCGCCAGUUAGCAGUUCCGGUUCAUUUCACGGCUUCGAAUGGGAAGCAGCAAUGGAUCAUGAAUCUGCAAAAUAGUGGCAGGGAAUAUCCAGGCAACGUGAACAAGUGAAGCAAAAGAUUGUGCGCAUUCGGCGUUCUCUCAUUAGUGGAAAGCCACCGACUUUGGUGCAACUGACAAAUAUGUCCAAGCAUCUGUCCGUUGGGUACACUGAGUACAGCGGAUUCCACAGCAAAGGACUGGCGCUUCUUCCAGAUGAUGCGCUGGACGAGCAGGAACAUGAAUAUGCCAACUUCGAAGAUCUCUACAACAACGUUACCGAUGCCGUACAGGAGUUGUUGCUGGAAGCACAAGCGAACGCAGCCACUCCAUCGCCGAGAACCGUCCAUAACCCGCAGGUGGUCGUCCAGCAGCAGCCGCUCAGCGCACCAAUUCCAACAUUCGAUGGCAAUUACUCUGGGUGGCCUAAAUUCAAAGCCGUCUUUCAGGAUUUGAUGGCUCACUCGGGGGAUAUAGACGCCAUAAAACUGUAUCACCUCGAUAAGGCGCUCAUCAGAGAUGCAGCUGGUGUUUUGAAUACCAAGAUCCUUAGUGAAGGGAAUUAUCAACAAGCUUGGGACAUUUUGGAGGAUCGCUACGAAAAUAAGCGGGUUCUCGUGGUCUGUUUUCACUUCGAGAUAUGUCAUCGGAGACUCAUAAGGAGCUGAGAGGUAUGCUAACCGAAGUUACUCACCACGUCGAGAGCCUGAAGUUCCUCCAGCAGCAGAUCACUGGCGUUUCGGAGCGCAUGAUUGUGUAUCAGGUCGUCUCCGCGCUCGACAAAUCGACCUGCAAAGCCUGGGAAGGGAUCCAGAAAAAAGGACAUCUUCCCAAAUACGAACCAACCAUCGCCUUCCUGAAGUCCAGGUGCCAAAUCCUCGAGAAUUGUGAGGCGGCAUUCCAGACUAGCAAAUCCUGCUUGAAACAGAAGCAAGCUCUUCCACCAUCGAAGAUCCAUCCGCAAAACCAUCCACCAGUGUCAACAACCUGUUCGUCGAAUGUUGUCUCAUUUCCCAAGACGGUACAUGUCUUGGAUAAAGAUAACCAGCCAUAUCCGUGUCGGGUACUUUUGGACAGCGGCUCCCAAGUCAACUUUGUAACCGAAGAGAUGGUUAACCGCCUAGGCCUCCCAAAGAAACCAGUCAACGUUCCGAUCGUGGGAAUCAAGGCCCUACGGUCCCUCGCCCGAGACAAGGUGGUGGUCAGGUUCCGUGUAUCCAAUUUCCUCGCAAGCCUCGAGUGUCUGGUUACCCCGAGAGUGACCGGCACAAUCCCUGCAUCGAGAAUAGACAUCACCAAAUGGACGAUCCCUGAAGGGGUAAUCCUAGCUGAUCCCAAGUUCCACAGUCCGGAUAAGGUGGACUUGCUGAUCGGUGGGGAGUUAUUCUUCGAUAUCCUGAAACCUGGUCAGCUGAGCCUAGCCGAAGGUCUUCCACAAUUGCGAGACACUUAUCUGGGGUGGAUCGUAGCAGGUGCCAUCAAUGAUCAGCUCGUGUCAAACGUGUCACUCCAAUCCAACACAGCCGUUGAAGACAUUGAGCAAAGGAUGCACCGGUUCUGGCAAGUCGAGGAGGUGCCGGACGUUCCCAAGCUGUCGACCGAGGAAGCAGCAUGCGAAGCCCACUUCCUUUCCACCUACCAACGUGACGAAACUGGAAGAUUCAUCGUGAAACUGGCGUUCAAGGACAAUCUUCUCCAAUUGGAUAACUGUCGCAGUCUAGCUUUGAAAAGAUUCCUGAUGUUGGAGAAGCGAUUAAUCCGCAAUCCCGAGCUGCAGGCUCAGUACGUGAACUUCAUCCGGGAGUUCGAAGGUCUCGGCCACUGCACCGAGAUCAGCGAGUCUGAAGAUCCACCCAACAAGCAAACCUACUAUUUGCCGCAUCAUGCAGUGUUACGUCCGUCCAGCUCGAGUACGAAAUGUCGAGUCGUGUUCGACGCAAAACGAUCUGCACCAUAUCGCGCUACGGUUCCGAAAAUUCAAGGUUGCCAUCACCGGAGACAUCUCUAAAAUGUACCGUCAAAUACUCAAAGCCCUGUUGGAUCGUAGUUUCCUUCGAAUCUUUUGGAGAGAGCACCCAUCGUUACCCCUACGAGUCCUGGAACUCUGUACCGUUACGUACGGUACGGCAUCGGCACCAUAUCAAGCAACCAGGUGUUUGCUGAAGCUCAUCGAAGACGAUGGUGAGGACUUUCCUAUCGCCGCUCAUCUGAAGUCAUCAUGCAAGUUUUGCAGAAAGCACAUUUCUCCGCCGAGAUUAAGCUAAUUCUGGCAAAUAAAUCCUGCAAGAGACUCGGAGGUCUUCGUCCAAUUAACCACGACAGACUGCUUCGAGUAGGUGGUCGGUUGGAUCGCUCCCAAUUACCAUUCAAAAGUCGCCAUCCAAUCAUUCUGCCAGAUAAGGAUCCGGUAGUAUGACUACUAAUUCAACAAAUGCACGUCGAGCUCCUUCACGUCGGGCAAACGGGCCUGAUGAACGCCAUGAGACAACGUUAUUGGUUGCUGAACGCAAGAUCCACCAUCCGAUUUAUCACACGCCGGUGCGUGAGAUGCUUCCGGACUAAUCCUACCACUCCCAACCAAUUGAUGGGAAACCUGCCAGUAUCGAGAGUAGUUCCGUCACCCCACUUCGCUGUGACCGGCGUGGAUUACGCCGGGCCUUUCUGGACCAAGCAAGGCGCACGUCGUCCAACUUUGGUGAAGUCGUCCAUUUGGAGGGCGUCUCCGAUUUGAGUACCGAUGCUUUCAUGGCCUCCCUUCGACGAUUUAUUGCUCUCCGUGGAAUGGUCCAAGAAAUCCAUUCGGACAACGCAACCAAUUUUCGUGGUGCUCACCACGAAUUGAACAACCUUUACCAGCAGUUUUGUGACCAACACGCCGUGGACACCAUCGAAUCUUUCUGCCGCAAUCAUGAGAUUGAGUGGAAUUUCAUUCCACCCGACGCACCCAAGUUCGGUGGUUUGUGGGAGGCAACCGUGAAGUCGGCCAAAACCCAUUUGAAGCGGGUAGUCGGCAAUACGAAUCUAACGUUCGAGGAAUUGUGUACGAUCCUGUCAGAAAUCGAGGCCGUCUUGAACUCCCGACCAUUGUUCGCAAUUUCCAACGACCCGGCGGACCCGCUGGUGAUAACUCCAGCGCAUUAUUUGAUUGGACGACCGCUGAUCGCCCCAGCUGAACCUUCCCUGGAGAACGUCAAAGCAUCCCGCUUGACACGGUGGCAACAUCUCCAACUUAUGCGCGAGCAAUUCUGGCGUGCCUGGAGCCGGGAUUAUUUGAAUACCUUGCAGCCUCGGAUGAAAAAUCGACAGGAGAAGUCGAACAUUCGGAAAGACAUGAUCGUGUUGCUUCACUAUCGUAACCAACCACCACUCAACUGGAAGUUAGGUCGCAUCGUAGUCGUCUAUCCUGGAACCGACGGCCUGGUUCGAGCAGUUGAUGUCUUCGUAAAUGGAACCAGGUAUCGACGUCCCAUCAAUAAGGUGUCCAUUCUGCCCAUCGAGGAUAAUGAUUCCCGUGAAAACCCUCCGACUUCCAAAAGGUGUUGAGAUCUCUCAACCGGGGGGAGGAUGUUCCGCCUACCGCCGAAAGAGAGGAGAAAAACGUCGACCAAUCAGCAACGAGCAAACGGUCGGUGCCGUUCUAUAAAAAUCCCCGCAGUAGCGUGUAUAAGUUUAAGUUUGAAUCCAACCGAGCAUCCGUUCGCAGCAGCAGCAGCUUUCACCUUGUAUCGAGAAACGAAGAGAAAUAAACAGUAGUGGCUGAGUAUGCAAAAGUGCUUAUUUAUUCAAAGUCUACACAUCCAGAAAAUUUUAUUGAAAUCUGAGAGGGUGCUGCCAGCUUCGAUUCGAUUUGACGCGAAAUGCGUCAUAUAUUUUGUGUCAACUUUGCCGUGUAGAACUGGUAGAACUCGACCAAAUCAAUAGUGAAGGCGAAGGGAUAAUUGUGUUUCACACUCUAACUUGGAAGUACCUAUUAAUGAGUACAUUUUCAGACAUUUUGAGGAAAAGUGGAUACAUCUCUUCAAUGGGUAAAUGUUUUACCCAUUAAUUAGUUACUGGUACCCAUAAAGGAGUGUAUUUUGUAAAUUGAUAGGUAGCAGUUACUCAUUAAUUGGUAAAUGUUUACCCUUCCUCAAAAUGGGUCAUAUCUUACUUAUUAAUGGCUAAUUUCAAGUUACAGUGCAGGGCAUUAUAGAGAUUGCAAAUGUGUGAUUGUGUCAGUGAUUUGUUUUCAUCAGCAAAAAUUUUCGCUAUGAAGUUUUUUUUCCUGAUGAAAACAUUUUACGUAUACGUGUACGUGACGUAGUGUGCGUACGAUAGCCGUCAGCAAUCUCUAUUGCAUUUCUCGUGAAGGAAUUUCAGGAGCAUUUGACAAGAAAAAAUUGAGGCAGCGGGGCAAAAGUUCCAAUCGUGUAAUCCUUUGUAAGUGGGUUUUCAAAAAUGUCUGAAAAGCGCUGGUUUGCUAUUAUAUAUAUACUGGAGUCUGUUUUUACACGUCACACGUCACGCCACACGUCAAAAAUUGACAUAUCGAAAACCAUGCCCUUGUACAAUCUGCACAGAUGUGGACUUAUUGGAAUUCUAAAUAAUUUUUUGUACAAUUUUUUGUCAGAAAAGCAAAUGAACUUUUCUCUUGGACAACUGACAACUUCCAGAAUUAGUUACAUGGACCUGUGCCAAGACUCAUGUCGCAGCUUUCUUCUUUAUAACUUUUAUGUCAAAGAUAUCGACAGGUAAGACAACUUGCAGAUGACGGUGUGGUUUCCUUAAGAGGUCGUAUGUUGGUCGGCUGUUUGCACUCAAUGCAUAACAUGACCCAAGGUAGUUCACAAUGCGUCUCCAUCGAGUCACAGCAGCUGUGAUUAACGAAAUCUAUGAGUAACUUACAAGCUGGGUACGUAGACCAAGCUUGAGACAUUGCAGAUCCUACCUUCUCCAUCGUAUACUUUUCUUAAAUUUUAAAAGUUUAUAGCGUUUCGUUUCAAUACUCAUUCCAAAGCAUCACUCCUUUCCGUGACAAGUUGCGAAAAAAUUCAACACAGCAGCAAUGCCUAAAUCUAUUUGCAUAUUGAAUCAGUAGCUACGAGUGCAAGCUAUAACUCAUAGGUGAAUCACUCGUUUGUACGCAACGACUUUUAAAUAAGAUCCAGCCCAAUAGGCUAAAUUAAAACAUCUUUCAUUUGAAGGGUCAACCGUAAAAAUAGGUCAAGAGGUUCAGAAGCUAUGAAUUUGAAAAAAGGCAUUUUUGAAAAUAGAUUUUUCGGACCACCCUAACACGGAGUAAAAAUGUACUAGUACAAUAUGUUUUGAUAAGGACUCUACCAAUUUUCAUGAAAUUCUGAAACACUUUAUAACUUUUUUCUAUAGAAGUGCUGUACAUACAGCAGAACGAUAUAGGUAGUGGUUCUCAGAAUUUCGUAAAAAAUUGUGUUUUUUUUUCCUUUGAUUUGUUUUCCGUCGAUCUUGUUUUCCAUGCUGAGCACUAAUGCUACCGACGCCAGGAAGGCAGCUCCCACACCUGGACCCUACCUAUUGACCCAUCAACUCAUGAACCGGAAAACAACGGAUUUACAUCCUUUCCGAAGGAA